CGGUGCUUGCCGCUGGCCAGGUGGCGACGUUCAAAGCAAACGGUAUGGCAGACACACGUGGGCAGGCGGCUGCGUCAGACUCCUACACGGGCCGCGCCUCUUCCACGUCGGAUUCGGGCGGGCGAGCUGAGCGGACGCCCCGCUACGCCUUCGGGCUGCUGCAGACGCCGCGCAGCACAACGGACAGCACCGGCGACUGCCCCAGCAGUGGCGUGAGGCCGGGCUGCUCCAGCGGGGAAGGCCUCGCUCCCAGCCGCGCUGCCGGUGGUGGCGGAGUGAAGCCUCAGGUUUCUGGGCGAGGAGAAUCAUAUUUUGGAGACAAAAGUUCCUAUAUAGAAAAUACCAGCACAGUAAAUCUCACAAGUUCCUCGUCUGUGCAAGGCCUGCAUAGUGCAUACAUAGUAAAACCACCCCCCUCUGCUAGCAGAUCUGCUUACAGAAGCCAUACUCCUCUUAUGGGAUAUUCAGUUACCUCCUCAUCUGCAACCUCUGCUCACAGCACUGCAUCAGUUAUUGUAGCUGUAGUAGAAGGAAGAGGCCUUGCCAGAGGUGAAGUAGGAAUGGCCAGUAUUGACUUAAAAAAUCCUGAGGUGAUAUUAUCACAGUUUGCAGACAAUACGACUUAUGCCAAGGUUAUUACCAAACUCAAGAUUUUAACACCACUAGAAAUAAUAAUGUCAAAUACAGCUUGUGAUCCAGGGAGCACAACAAAGUUGUUCAGUCUGAUAACAGAACAUUUCAAGAAUGUAACUUUUACAACUGUCCAAAGAAAGUACUUCAAUGAAGCAAAGGGUUUGGAGUACAUAGAACAGCUGUGUGCAUCUGAAUUUGGUACCAUUCUCAUGGAGGUUCAAUCCAAGUAUUACUGUCUUGCAGCUGCUGCAGCUUUGCUAAAAUAUGUUGAAUUUAUUCAAAAUUCAGUUUAUGCUCCAAAAUCACUGAAGGUGCGUUUCCAGGGGAGUGAGAAAACAGCUAUGAUAGAUUCAUCAUCAGCACAAAAUCUUGAACUAGUAAUUAAUAACAGAGAUUCUCGGAAUGGUCAUACCCUUUUUGGUGUCCUAAAUUACACUAAAACUCCAGGUGGAAGUCGAAGACUUAGAUCAAAUAUCCUGGAGCCACUAGCUGAUGCUGAAACAAUUAACACAAGACUGGACUGUGUUCAGGAAUUGCUCCAAGAUGAAGAACUCUUUUUUGGUCUUCAAGCAGUAAUCUCAAAAUUCCUGGAUACAGAACAACUACUUUCAGUUUUGGUACAGAUUCCAAAGCAGGAUACAGUUAAAACUGCUGAAUCAAAAAUAACUAAUUUAAUCUACCUGAAGCAUACUCUAGAACUUGUGGAGCCUCUAAAAGCUGCUUUAAGAAGCUGUAACACAGCACUGCUAAAGGCUUACUACAAUUCUCUUGAAGAUAUAAGAUUUGGAAUUAUACUUGAAAAGAUUACAACGGUAAUUAAUGAUGACACAAGGUAUACAAAGGGAUGUUUGAGUAUGAGGACUCAGAAAUGCUAUGCUGUGAAGCCAAACAUCAGUGAAUUCCUUGACAUAGCACGUAGAACAUACACAGAAAUUGUUGAUGACAUAGCAGGUAUGAUAACACAGCUUGCAGAGAAGUACAACCUCCCAAUGAGAACAAGUUUCAGCUCUGCCCGUGGAUUUUUUAUCCAGAUGAAUAUUGAUGCUUCGACACUACCCAAUGGCCAACUUCCUUCAGAGUUUACAAAGAUCACUAAAAUGAAAAACACAUACAGCUUCACUUCGCCAGACUUAAUAAAAAUGAAUGAAAGAUGUCAGGAGUCUCUGAGAGAGAUAUAUCACAUGACCUACUUAAUAGUGUGUAAGCUGCUGAAUGAGAUCUAUGAGCACAUCCACUGCCUCUACAAGCUGUCUGACAUCGUGUCAAUGCUGGACAUGCUCCUUGCAUUUGCCCACGCCUGCACUCUUUCUGAUUAUGUUCGUCCAGAAUUUACAGAUACUUUAGCAAUCAAACAAGGCUGGCAUCCCAUUCUUGAAAAGAUAGCUGUGGAAAAACCUGUAUCUAACAACACAUAUCUGACAGAGGGCAACAAUUUUGUCAUUAUUACAGGACCAAAUAUGAGUGGAAAAUCAACAUACCUACGGCAGAUUGCUCUCUGUCAAAUAAUGGCACAGAUUGGUUCUUAUGUCCCAGCAGAGUAUUGUUCUUUUCGAAUUGCAGAACAAAUUUUUACCAGAAUAGGUAUGGAUGAUGAUAUAGAAACAAAUGCAUCAACAUUCAUGAAGGAAAUGAAAGAGAUAACAUACAUCAUACAAAAUGCUAAUGACAGAUCUCUCAUCAUCAUUGAUGAACUUGGCAGAGGUACCAGUGCUGAAGAAGGUAUUGGUAUUUGUUACGCCGUUUGUGAAUGUCUGUUGAAUUUAAAGGCAUUUACAUUGUUUGCUACACAUUUCUUGGAACUGUGUCAUAUAGAUGCUUUAUAUCCCAAUGUGGAAAAUUACCAUUUUGAAGUGCAACAUGUGAGAAGCAGUUCAGGAAAUAAGGAGAAAAUUGCAUACACUUACACACUCUCUAAAGGAUAUACAGAGGAAAAGAACUAUGGAUUAAAAGCUGCAGAAGUUUCCUCCCUACCAUCAUCUAUAAUUUCAGAUGCAAAGGAAAUCACAAAUCAUAUUGCAAAGCAAAUUUUGAGACAACAGUUGCAUAAUAUUUAGUGGGGUUUAUGUGAUGUACCUGGUAUUGCAGCUCUUACAUCAGAAGCUAAAGGUCUUGCCUAAGAAAAAGCAGUCUUUGAAACAUGGUCCACCUGUCUUGCAUAGGUAAGCUCUAUUUGCACUGUUGAACAUGCACAUACAGGUGCAAAUCUUGUUACCUACUCAAGGAGUAUUCUAGCUCAGUCAUUAUGCUUCAGCCAAUAUGAUGUAGGCAGUUCAGGCUUGGCAAUAACAGCAAAUUACUGUGGGAUCAACACCCAUGAGUUUUUGUUUAGAAAGUGAGUAUCAAGUUGAAUAUCCUUCCUUGAUUUUUUUUAAGUACAACUUCCCUGGUGACUACAGCCAUUUACUCCAUUUUGAAGGAGCUUUCCUCCCUUCUUUCUAACCAACUUUGGCCAAGAGUUGUUAUAUAUUUUUUUUAAAUACAAAUACGUUUGUGUAUGCAUGAAAUUUAUUGUUAUAAAAUAGGUAGCAUACAAUAGUGUGGUAUCUGAUUUAUAACAAAAAAUAGGUACUGGUUAGUAGGGUUUUUUUAGGUGUCUACCUUUACAAACAUACCAGUGCUACAAAAAAACAUUUAUAGUAGACACACUAUGUUUUUUUUACCUAAGAUUUGGUUGGUUUUUUUUACUGAUUUAACCUAUUAACUACAUGUCCCCUCUAUUAAGGGCUCAAAUGUCACCAAUUAUACCAGUCACAUGCACAAAUAAUACAAAAUGUGUUUUCUGUCUCAGUGAAGAUUGUGGCAGAAAAAGCAUUUUGUGUCCUGUUUUCUUAGCAAGAGAGACCUGAAGGUGAGGGAAAUAAGUUUCAGACAUUGACUGAACAGGGUGCAGAUCUCCCUGUGGGGUCAGCCACCACAGCACGAGAAAAAAACAGUGCAAGAGGUUCUGGUUUGGGAGCUCAGACCCCAUCAGAGCUUUUCCACCUUACUGCAGAGCCUCUGGAUACAGAGAGUCCAUCAGCACUCUGCCCGAAGGCCUCUCUCCAUGUAUAGCGUUUCCAGGGCAGCUGAGGUGAGAGGCAUUUUGGCAUCACAGACAAAACAGUCCUCAUGUUGUUGACCCCUUGUUGGUGUGCUGGAAAACAAGCAGAGGAGACCUGUGGGUGUGGACUUGGGUAUGUAAAAGGAAGGAAAGAAGGACCACAGAGAACAAAAUAUUCCAGCCUAGCUUGGCUAGAGCCUCAUCAAAUGUUAGCUCUGCCUGACACGUGUAGCUGACAGAUGCCUUCUAACUAGCACAGCUUCCAGGGGUUCCAAACCAAAAUGAGAAGAUGCUCAAAGCCUGAGGAAAGAGACAUGCCGCUGUCCUUUGCCACAUUGCCCACCAUGGGGCAGCCACCAGCCUGCAGGACAGGGGCUGGGGGCGGGGGGCUGAUAUCAUUUGAGGGGGCCACCCUAACCUUUAUUUCUCUAGCAGAGCUCUCCUUUUGUGGGGAGGAAGAUGUGUACAUAUAUAACUACUACAGUAAUGAGCUGAUGGAUGAGCAGAUUUGUGCCUUUUUGGGGGGGGUGAAUAAAAUGGAAUAGGGUCUUCUGGGUGGAGUGAUGAUGUCACUUGGCAGGAGGCUAUGAUGCAGCAGAGGAGCAGGUGAGUGUCUGACUUUUGGGUAGGGGUGUCCCCCAAAAAGGGUACUUGCAGCACUGCACGGGUUGAAGUGUCUGAAAAUUCUUGGAGAGGAUUUUAAAAUGUUUAAAAACUGUAAGCAUGGGAGCAAGGUGUUGAAAUAAAAAUAUUUUUAUGCACACAUUGAAAAAAUGUUAUUCAUUUAUAUAUAAAAAAGGAGUUAAAAAUAGCCCCCUGUACCUGCUGUAUUAGGUGAAGGUGUUUAGAACAUAAAAUCCAAACCAGAGAGACAAAGGGGU